AUGGUGCUACCAUUGAGUCUACCUCACUUCUGGGCACUCCUGCUGCUGGUGCUGUCAAACUUGUUGCUGUGGGAAAAAGCUGCAUCAAUUCCUGCAUGUGAGGCAAAAGAGGGAGGUUGUUGGGACCCGCUUGAGGAAGCAUUUAAGAGUGCCAUCGAGAGAGCUAAAACCCAGCGAAAACUUGCUAAACAAUUCUAUGUAGAGUUUUUCCACAACCAAUUCUCAGCUGGACAAUUUGCAGCUCUUAAGUCAAAACUGAAUAGGCAAGAUGAGAGUGUUGUCAGAGCUGCAUCUUACUGCCAUUCUUCUCUCACAAACCCCCCAAAAGAGCCAAGAGAGCUCAUGACUACUGAAAUAGAAAAGUAUUUAAAAAUUUUGAUCAAUUAUGUGGGUUUCUGGACUAGCCCUCUAUACCAUCUAGUGCUUGAACUGAGUGCCAUGAAAGGUGUCCCUGAAACUACCCUCUCAAAAGCCAAGGAGAUUGAAGAGAACAACAGACAAAUCCUGGAUGACCUUAGGUGGAUACUCACCAAGAUCUAUCCUACAGCAGAGGAAGAGGAAGAAUUUCCCAUCUGGGGAUAUCUUUCAUCCUUAAAAUCAAGUAACAGAAGUCACAAAUUUUUGGCAAUGUUUAACCUUUCCAACUGCCUAAAAUAUGAUGCACAAGAAAUUCUAUUUAAUAUCGAAAUGGUGGAGUGUCGCCUGAUUCCAGACAAUUGUUUAGGGCACAUUUAA